AUGCAAGCUCAGAUCUUGCAACAGUUACAACGUCCCCCAGAGCAGGGUCCAAGGUUACCACAACUUUUCAAUAACGAGACACAGACAAUACUUGACUACUACAUUGAAAGAGAUCGAGAAUACAUACAAGCAGCAGGUCUCCCAGUUUCACUGUUACCACGCCAUAUAUUGUUGCCAAAGCCAAGGCUUCUUUUAGAUGUUCAUCAGUUUCUUGAGAAUCGCGACGAUGAGACAAUGAAGCUUUUCUGUAACUUCAAUUGCUUUCAGUUCAAUGGAAUAUAUGGCUCAUUGAAGAACACUUUGUGGAAGAAGUCAAGGAUUGAUGCACGAGUUGAUAGAAGAGACAAGAUCUUCCUCACAUUGAAUUGGUGUAAGUACGCCCCAACCUUCAGGGAUCUGGUUGCAUGA